AUUUUAGCGAGCCAUUCCGCGCACACAUGUCCCAUCGAUGCUACAUGGUUUGUGGGUGUGUGGUAUCUAGUGGAGAAGAACAAGAGCCUGUACAUAAUACCUACUAUUCGCACACAUGUAUCCUUGAUCAAUUUAAAGCUUUAUCUAGGAGAGACAUCGUUGCGCUUUGAUUUGCCUUACAGGAGAUGGUUCGGGACGGCGGCAUUCAAGUUCGAUUCAAACAGGUGGAAUACAGUAGGUGUCGGGUGGAGUUGGGAGGAGGAAGGUAUCACGACAGCACGGGCUGCUAUCUAUCCUUCUAAUUUGUAGCGGACCUGUGCCAUAUAUGGACUCCGUCUUAUUAUAUAGCCUUAUUUAUGUAAAAUAGGCUACCACGUUUUAUUGUCUCCCCCAGGACAGUAGCAUUGUGAUAUUCAAACGGCGAAUCUUUAUUAGCUUGGAGACCAUUGACACACAGGUGGGAGAUACCCGUUUCUUAGGACGGCCCCUCUUUCAGUUCCUCAGAGCAGGAUAUGAGCUACUGACAUUUGUUAUUACCCUUUGGGACAGGAGGCGAACGGUUUCUGCUAACAGGUGUGAGAGAGAGCACACCAAUCUUCAUAGCCUGAUACGGAAUCCUUCCUCAUUGUUCGCAGGAAUAUCAAUCUAAGUCAUAUGUUGAUCCCUUUCUAGCCAAGAGAGAUACAUUUAAUGGUUCAUUGAAACAUACAUAGAAUAAAAUAGUAUAUUAUUAUAUAUUUUUAAGACCCAGUCCUCCUAUUUAAAAGGACACGGGACAUCAGAGAGAAACCAUGUCAAUGAGAAAACCCAGCUUGAAUUUACCCAAAAUGAGCAGAAACUCGGUGGUGUUGGAAGGAGAGAUGUUCGGCGAAUUUCAGGACUGGUGUCUCCGUACUUACGGGGACUCGGGUAAAACAAAGACAGUCACCAGGAGAAAAUACAAUAAGAUUCUCCAGACCCUUUUACACACCGACGACUCGGACGCCGUCUACAUCGAGAGCAACCACAUCAACGCCAAAUUCAAAUUCUGGGUGAAAUCCAAAGGGUUCCAGGUCGGGACAAUUCAAGGGGACCUGAACAAGAAUGGAGCCACUGACAUACCUGUCCUGUACGUCCCCAUCAAGGUGACGUGUGUGGACGGGAGCUCUGGGUCGGAAUCGUCUCUGAAGAGGGUGGCGGUGGUGGAGGACUUCUUUGACAUCAUCUAUGCCAUGCACGUAGAGAUCAGCACCGACCCCGGCAAAGCACCCAAACACGCCGGACAGAAGAAGACCUACAAAGCGAUAGCGGAGACGUAUGCCUUCCUGCCCAGGGAGGCAGUGACCCGUUACCUGAUGAGCUGUGGUGAGUGUCAGAAGAGGAUGCACAUCAGCCCUGGCGGAGCAGAGUUCAAAGAAAAUGACAGACCGACAUCACUGGUGCCGGAUCUCAUCGACUACAACAUGCCGCUGACCACCACCUAUCUGAAGCAGAUGAAACUCCAGUGCAUGAGUACCAAUGAGCAGGAUGAGACUUCAGUGAGCAGUGAGGACUUUGAUAUGAGCGACCCCACAUGGAUAUCAGCUGAUCACGGCCCUGCUUCAGACCUGAGUCCCCCGAACCGCAGAGAGAGAAUGCACAGCCCACAGAACGCACACAUUAAGGAGGAGGACGAUGACUCAUCCUCGGAGAGCGGCAGCGGGAACGGCAUGCACACCAUGACACUUCUGUCUGCGGGCGGGGCGGCCCCGGGGUCUGAGAGGUGCAUGGAGGGAACACCGUACAGGAAGGUGGUAAACGGCAACAGGCCCCCGGCCCCGCUGGACUUCAGCACCACCUCCUCGUCCUCAUCGUCCGAGGACCAACAGGCUCCAGUCAACCUGAGUGAGACCAGGCUGCCUGGGUCGGCCCUGAUGGGCCCCUUCCAGCUCGACCCCCCAGACGAGCUGCGCAGGAAGUACCCCGUCAAGCCUCUCGCCCAUGCCGCUGAGCUGCGCCUGGACAGAGACUCGAUCAGGGACUAUGGCAACAAGUCUCCUCAGUACAGCUCAGGAAGCUACGACUCAUUGAAGAUGGAGACAUGUGCCGAGGACCUGACCGUAACCAGAGGCGUGGCGGUGGCAGACGACGAUGACGACGAUGAUCACGACGACAGUGACAAGAUCAACGACACCGAGGGCAAGGACCCCGAGAGACUAAAGGCCUUCAACAUGUUUGUGCGUCUGUUUGUGGAUGAGAACCUGGACCGCAUGGUGCCCAUCUCCAAGCAGCCCAAGGAGAAGAUCCAGGCCAUCAUCGAGUCGUGUAGCCGCCAGUUCCCAGAGUUCGAGCUGCGCGCUCGCAAGCGCAUCCGCACCUACCUCAAAUCCUGCCGCCGAAUGAAGAAGAACGGCAUGGAGACACGACCCACCCCACCUCACCUCACCUCAGCCAUGGCUGAGAACAUCCUGGCAGCCGCCUGCGAGAGCGAGACACGCAAGGCUGCCAAGAGGAUGCGGCUGGAUGUCUACCAGGCACAUGAGGAGCAGAUAGCACUUGACAAGCCCAGUUCUCGCGAGCCAGCCUCCCUGGCCCACUCUGCCUACUCCCUGGCCGCCUCAGCCUACUCCCAGGACCAGCUCUACAUCAACGGUGGGCUCAACUACAGUUACCGUGGUUACGGGGGCCUAGGAGCAAGCAUGCAACACCCUGUCUCCUUGACAACCGCCACUGCUCAGAGCAACGGCCCUACUGACCUCAGCAUGAAGUCCCUGGUGUCCAACUCGUCAUCGGCCAGCUCCAACAGCCACGGGCGGAGCGGUGGCGGCGGAGGGAGCGGGGCCUCGGCACAGCUCAGCCCCACGGAGAUCACAGCCGUGCGUCAGCUCAUCGCCGGCUACCGCGAGUCAGCCGCCUUCCUGCUCCGCUCGGCCGACGAGCUAGAGACCCUGAUCCUGCAGCAGAACUGAGAUGAAAACUCCAUCUCCCCCCGACUCCCUCCUUCUCCCUCUCUCACUCCAACUCUCCCACACGAACCCUAACUAACUGACCAACCACUCUCGCACUCAGCAGAUCCAUUCGUCCGUGAUAUCGUCCUCCUCCACCAACCUUUACAUUCUCCUCAUCGCCAGGAAAAGAAGGCAUGCAACAGCGCUACCUUCCUCUAGUCUAAUCAUCCAAACCCCCUUGAUUGUUUUGGCAUUAGUGCGUGGAGAGAAAGAGCACUGUCUGUGACCACUUUGGAACAGCGUUUCUCCCUCUCUUCAACCACCUGUAAAGGAACGCGCUCCCUCCCAAUCAUAACAGCUCUCCCUCACUCCCAUAGCUCUGUGGAAAGAAGAGGGAUGACACAGAGAGUCGGAAAUGAGUCUACCUAGUGUGGGGGAGAGAGUGGUGGGCUGGUGCACUGGAGAACACUGAAGGGUUGUGCUGUAAUGAGAGAAGAGCACCCCCUUGUGUACGAAUAAAAUAAGUGGAUCCUUUUUGUGUGCCAGGAAGCUCUAUGUGCUGCAGUACACAGAUCCCCUAAACAACCUCGGCCUCCCCAAUAACAAUGAAAGCGAGACUCCCUGAUUAGUACAAAGAAAAAUCCUUUGAUUUGAAUCAGUUAGUUUUUUCGAAGCCUGUAGAAUAUUUACGUUUGUUUGGCACCGUUCCGAGCUACUGAAAAGGGGUGUUGACUGAUCUGAAAGAGAGCACUAACUAUAAGACACUGAACCACUUUGUUAAUGAAAAGAGGCCUAGGAAGAAGACUGGGGGGAAAAAUGUAAAAAGAGAGACAACUUGUCGCGCUCGCUGUAAAUAAGCUCUCUGUGUCCUAAAGCACUUUCCCCUGAUUCAGACCUCACCUUGAGUAAUAAAGACCGUGAUGUCCCGGGAGCAACACUUUAACUUAUGCAUUAUGGAGAUGCCAUCUUUUCCACAUGGAAAUACCUCAGAUCUACCAACCAACCGUUCUAGUACUUCAUUCAUACUGGGUGCCGUUAUCAUACAAUGUUCACCAGUUACUACCUGAUGUGUUCAGUGUUUUCAAAGACCUGCAGGAAGCAACGUCUUAACCAUUUCAAGAAGAAUAAAUAUUGUAACUAUAGUUAAAAUCUUAUCCCAAACGAAGUAUUCUUUGUCCCGUUAUUUGUGUAAUGUAUAUAUUCAGUCCAUAUUUGAUUCUAGAAGCAUCAGUAAAGUGAAGGACUGGGGGCAAGGAAGUAUGUUCUGUGGGAGACUGAACCUCUCCAAAGGUAGCUGGAGAUUUUUUUCCAGAGGCCUCCAUGUUUUCCACCCCCCUGGUGGCUCGUUGCUCCCCCAUCAAUUCCAGGUUUUGGUUUGUCCCGAUCUGGUUGUCAACACUCAUCACUCGAUGAUACCGUCUCUUCUGGGUCUGGUUCUGCAUUCCUCUCUCUAACCUACCCUCCUCCUCCGGACCUAUACCCCCCCCAUCCCCUUCUCCCCCCUGACCUUACCUGAGCUCUGUCCAGCUUAGUUCUGGACCUUGGUUCUGGGAGGAAUUCUGUAUUUCUUUGUCUAUUGACUCUUUGAGAUGGCCAUUAAUCCACGCUGCUGCUAUAUGGACCGGACUUUUGCCACAGACCUAUAACCUCAAGUCAGGACGCCAGCCUCCUGCACAACCAGAGCACCUCAAGACAACAACACAAACAAAAAGAAGCAAAAACUACUCGAGACAGAUAAGAGACAAAAAUGUAAUUUUUGAAAACGACAUGCCAUCCCAGUCAGUUGCUUCUCUCUGCUACUAGGCACUCUGGUUGAUCUUUUUGUUCUUUCAUAAGGCUGUGUUGUUUUUACAUUAACUUUUUCCUUUGUAGUUUUCUUCAUGGGUUUGAACCUCUGGAGGCAUAAAAGGAGCAAUGUGCUUCUCUUGCAGCCACUCACAAGGGUGAUCUGGGCCUAUCUAUCUUACUGUACAAUGUGUGGCCAAAGUCUGUGAGGUUUGUACCUUUUAGAACGAGAGGAGAAAAAAAGCUAAAUGUUUCUUCAAGAGGCAAGCCUGAAGGGGCUCAUUGUUGUGUCACUGUAAUUUGCUCCCUUUUGCACACUGAAGCAACAGAAAUCUGUGACGAAGGCCCUGCUUGUUCAGGGCUCCAUCUUGCACUGGCGAGGUGUGUACUACUAAAGGAAAGAGGAAGAGUAUCGCAAUGCAGUUGAUAAUCAUCACAUUCCUGGCCCUUGACUGCAUAGUGUUAACGAAAAGAGGCUAUCUGAGCCCAAAGUGCGAGUUGUACAACGCAUCACAUACGACCACCUCUAUUGUGUAAAUGAAAGCCAUUGAUUUAGGUGCACUAGCUCCAUGGCCUGUGAGAGGUCAUGUCUAGAAGGGAUUCCCCUGAUGUCAAAGUGAUGUCAAAACAUAGAUAUUCGAGUCACAUCAGGGAGAAUUUUUGCAUUUUAGUUAACCCUAACUAUUUUCCUAACCUUAACCUGCUGCAUAAGUUCUCCGAACCUGCUAUGAAAAGUCACUAAUGACAUUAGCGGCAUCCCAUCUAGUCAAGACCCCUGUGAGAGAUUGAAUGGAGCACUGGGCUCACUGGCAACAUUCUGAACCACAAAACAACACCUUGAUCUAUCCGCCUAGCAUACAUGUGCAAUGUCAAAUCUGAUCUCCAUAAUGAGUACAAAAUUAUUAAGAAAACAUUUUUUUUUUAUGUUAUGGAAAUAGUAUGCCUAGAUAGAAAGUAGAAAAUGAAGUCCAAGAAGUCCACUUCAUCUCAGAGCAAGCUCUUGAUUGAAUCUGCUUAGUGGGUAAAAAAAUGACAAACACAAGAGAAAUAUGCAAAAUGACCAGUCAAGAGGAAACCCCCUCACUGUGUUCUCUCUCAAUGUGGCUUUGAUGGCUUCAAAACGUGUUUUCUUAUUAGUAUCGCCCUCAUUUCUGCGGAUCCAUCCUUCACUCUGCUUAUGCCCUGGGAUCUUAAGCUACAAUUCUCUCAGUACAGUAGAUGAAUAUGACGUUUUUGUGUGUGUGGGGGGGGGGGGGGGGACUAGAAUUAACUUAGAAGGGGAUUCUCUUAAUUCUUAUUCACUUCAGUCUUAAAACUGCCUUUUUUUGCCAUUGCAAGUUUGAGGUUUCAAAGGAUUGCCAGACAAGUAGUACAAGCAGUGCUGUUGCCAAACUGUACAUAGUGCUGUAAUUUAUGAUCUUACAGAGCAGUUGCUAGAGACAGUUUUGCCGUCCUCUGUAUUUCCCUACUACCCCAGGUCAACACAGAGCGAUGGAUGGAUCCUACCUCUUUAGAAAUGACCAGUUGAGCGCUGCUGAAUUUUGUACUGUCACAUGCCACGAACGUCUGCUAUAUAGUUUAGUGGAAAAAAGAAGAAGAUUGUGAAAGUUAUGCAUUUGUAAUAUAGACCAGGGACAAUUAAAUGUAUCUCUAAGAAGGUGGUAAGAGAUUAUAUAGUAAAGCUCUCGCUAAAUACUCCUCCCUCCUCCUCCGUUUGCACCUCUGGGGUUUGCUCUGUAGUUUCUCACAGACAGCUACAUACGUUAAGAAAACAUACUGUAAAAAUAGGCAAAAGACAAUCUUGGAAAUAUGUAACUUGCUCACUGUUUAAUUUCCAUUCCUUUCUGUGUGCAGCUAUUGUAUACAGUGCGUCUUGGAGUAUUUUAGCCAUAAUCACAGCAUUCUUACUCAAACUUCUGGCUCCUUAACGGCGGUGGAGCGCUCAUAGUGGCCCACUGUCGAUACACAUUUUCUAUUUUUAUUAUUAUUUUAUACAUAUUUUGUAGUGCAAGUCAGUGGUAUUAUCAAAUAAUAUUUUGUACAAUACCAACAUCUCAAGUGAAGUUACUCUGUAUGCCUAUACUGUACAUUCCAAACAAGGAUGUCAACACGUUUAACAACCGACCUGACCAGCUUCACGUUUAGUGAUCUGACCUCUGUGCCCAACACAAAACCCACACCCUAACAAAUGCUUGAGGGAGUGCUCUCUGUUAAGAUUAGCAUUGUUGACCUUGUGAUUAGCUUCAAACAUGUUGUUGAUUGGAGCCAUGAUUAUUCUCCUGCUUAGGGCCAAAAAGACUUGACAUGCCAGAGAAUGUGCCAACCAAGCACAGACCAAGUUUGCAACCUUAGCCAUGGCCUUCAUGAAACUCCCCCUCUCAGACUACUGCAUGUAUCUCUCCCCCUGGGAAUGCUAUGCAGCAGUGUCAGCACUUCAGUGAAGGGGCAGUGUUCUGAGUGUGGGAAAGGUGUGAUUCCCUUAACCCUGAUCAUACUGUUUUAAGCGCCAACUGACAUUGGACCUCAAUGACUUUACAAAUGUCACCCCCAACAGAGAUGGUUCCACUCAGACAGGAGCAAAAAUAUGUGUGGUGCUGGUCAGGGUACCGCAAAUGAACACACAUUUUAAAACAAAUAUCUGCUUUGGUCAGAUGUAUAGCUCGACAUAAAAACAAGAAAGGAGAAAAAAAUGGCGGAACUUUUUAUUUUUCUAUCAGGGCAGUGUACAGCUACAGUCAAAUUAAAAUAGUUUUUCCGACCAUAGUGUGUUUUAUUUUAUAAUUUGGUGGUGCUUUGGAUUCCUCGGUUCUGUUUUAGGUUUUCCACUUUACCUACUGUACGAGAAGCUGAUUGUCUUUCUCAGUUUCGAUUUGUACCUAAUACCAAUGUGAAACUGUAUUUUCCUCCUGAUUUUGGACUCAGUGGAAGUGUGAUGUUUACAUGUACAGAUUUUUGCUAUUCUUUUUUGUUGUUUUGUUUGGUCAUUUCUCUCCACCCUGUUUUAAGUUAGUCUGAUACCUUGUACAUUGAUGGGAAAUGGGACCAUGUCUAAUUAGGUUAAUGUCACAUGGACACAUAUUUAGAAACUGGUUGUUGGGAGAGCUGUGUGCUUGGCCCUCUCCUUAGCUUACCUGAUACACACAAACCAGUGAGUCACAGUGAACUGAAGCUCUGGUGUGACCACUUUACCAAUAUACGAGAAUUUGUUCCUCAGUGAAUGAUAAGCCAUUGACAUGCCCUUGAAGGGUUUUCUAGACUAUUAGUAUAUUUGGUGAGGAAAAACUCAACUGCAGACAAAAACCUCAGGAAAAGGACACUUUUUUAACACAUCUUACUGAAGGCCCAUUUCCCUCAUUGAUACCAUAUAAAUUAUAUCAAAAUUAUUAUUAUUUUUUAUAUUUAUUGUGUUAUAUAUAUAUAUAUAUAUAACAGUGGAUACCUUUUUUUCCAGUACAUGUGGCUAAAUAUUUUUAUUAUUUAGAAAUAUAUAUAUAUAUAAUAUAUAUAUAUAUAUAUAUAUAUAUAUUAUGUGUGUGAAGCAACUUAAAGAUUGAAAAAAUAAGAAAAAAAAUAUUUCUGUUUGUUUAAUGCAAAACAGCAUGGGUGGUUCUUUUCCCUAACAUAUCACUUUGAUUAAUGAAAAACCAAUGAUUUGAAAUUAAGCUUUCUUAAGUGUGAUGUCACUGCUAAGGUAAAAUGUUUCCAAACUUAAAUGUGACUUUUUUUCUCCAAAGCUGUACAUCACAAAGCUAAAUAUACUAAUAAAACAGUGUGCUAUCUAUUAAACAGAAACCAAUGUCUUUUUGUCUUUUGCCAGGGAUGUAAUAAGGGAACGGUUGUUUUUACAAAAUAUAUGUAUAGGUAUUACCUUUAGUGGAUAUUUGUUUAUUUUUUGUUGUAUACACUAAAUUGCACAACAUGAUGUACUCUACUGACAGCUGAAUGCUUUAUUGUAGGCUAUACGUUUACAUUCAUAUUGUGUUCAUUGUACAAUACAAUAUAUUUCCAAACCAA